CCCCAACGUGCCUAUUAUGGACUCGUCUGAAUGAAUAUUUCCGGUUGACCUCUGUAGACCGGAAGCGGUGUGGCAGUCCAGGGAAGACGCUUGUCGGAAACUGUCAAACCUCAAUCAUGAGUAGUGCGGACAUCUUCACGCCUCUACUGUCACUCUUACCGCGGCUGGACCAGGUCUCGCGCUCAUAGCUACCGCCCAGCUGUGUCGCAGUGUUGAUGAAGGGAAUGGAGGCGGGACUGAGGUUCCUAGUGGUUGUCGUCGUUCUGUGUACGACAGCCCUAGGACAGAGUAAGGACCCGUCGUUCGACCCCUACCUGUCCUCAGCAACACAGGUGGGGGUAGCACAGGGGGACAGUGUGCGCCUCAGAUGUCACAUACGCAACAGAAAUCAGGAAUUCCUCAUAUGGGGGAAGGGAAAACUUUCCAUCUUUGUCAACGACCAAGAGGUCAUUCGCAAUGACAGAUACUCGUUGUUCACGCAACGAAUGGGAGACACGAGUUAUCAGUACGAUCUUGUCAUUGCCAAUGUUUCCAUAGAGGAUGAAGAUACUUACAGAUGCAUUGUCUAUACAAAUACUCCAAGGACGUUAAGUAUCCAGUUACUAGUCGUUGUGCCUACACAGAUAAUGUACACAUCACCAAGUCAAGCUGUGGAGAAAGGUGAGGACGUUGAGCUGUUUUGCAACGCGACGGGGCGCCCCAAACCCACAGUCAUUUGGGUUAGAACUAGUGAUGACGCUAUAUUUGAAGAAAACCCUCUGGUUUUAAGGAGCGUGACUGAAAACGAUGCCGGUGGUUACCAGUGUUACGCCAGCCAGCAAGUUGCCAAUGCAAGACAUUCGGACAUACGGACGGUGGAACUGACAGUGUACUACAAGCCAGUCAUCAACCUUUUACUGCUGGCCAUGCCGUCAGAGCUCCUGGAGGGAAGCCUGGCAACAAUGACGUGUAUAGCAGCCGGGAACCCCAGACCCAUGUUCUACUGGUACAGGGAUGGAACAGCACUCAGAGAUGGAGAAGACCGACUGAUCAUCUCCAUCACCCCUGGCAACACGGAGAGCAUCCUGACGAUACAGAACGUUAGGGCGCGGGACUACGGGAACUACACCUGCCGCGUUGUCAACGAUAGAGGGACGGCGGAGGCUUCUGUGUACAUCGGUACACCACCAACACUGGCACCAACCAAUGUUUGACGUACUUGACACGUAGUUACCCACCUGGACGUAGACUUCUGUGAAGUACAUACAGUUCGUUUCUACUUGCACAGAGAUACACAAGCAGCAUCUUGCCAAAUCUACCCUCACUCUCAUAUAAAAACAAACUUUAUACAAACCUGUAGUGUUACAUUUUUAAUGGAUGUUAACGUUGGUUUUUAUACAUCAUGAUUUCAUGAAUGAAUCUAUUAUACAAGAAGUUAGCAGCUAUAUGUACAUCUAUGGCAAGAACUAACGAUGGUGCAAAGGGAAUUUUUGUCUUUAUUUUGCGCAUGUCUCAUGGUAUACUUGAUAUGCCAAUGAAACGCAGAUUGAUGUUGUCAUCAGUGUGUGUGUUGACAUGUGAUCCAUGUUCAAACAUAUAAAGUACUUGUAGACAACUCCAUUCAGUUCUAGUCAGAUGUGGAAUCGUUGUAACAUUUACAUUGUUGUAGCCAAAAAUGAAAGGACAUGUAGCAGUAACUAAACAACUUAUAUCAGAUGUAGAAAGGCACAGAUGAAAAUCAAAACGGGUAUGAUAUUGUAUGAUAAGGCAAUGUAAGAAAUGGCAAACACAGAUUUCAACAUCUCUUGCAUGGUUGACAGUAAUCAUAGGCUGGAUUUACACACACAUUUUGGAGUCUUGGAUUCUUCUCAACCAGAUCCAACUUAGGAUGUAUUUGCUAAAUUAUUUUGCUUACACACAAGGCCCCCAAGUGACUUUGAACACCAGUUACGACAGCUGUGAUUUUGAAUUCCAUGUUCCAUGCCAACUCAAGUUGAAUUUGUCGUCUUCCAUUUACUUAGCAUUGAUAAGACACUGAGUCUCUACAAUAGUCCAGGAUCUACCCUGGCCUUCUGCCAUGCACAAAAUAGAAAUUUUUUAGAAAAUGACAAAAACAUGAUAUGCUUCUUCUUUCUACUAGAAACAAGCCUUUUGAUAUGCUGUGAAUGGCUUCUCUGAUUGGUGUAUGGCCUCAGAGCAUUGCAUAUUGAGGUAACUCACUGGGAGUCAGUUCUGUCGAGUAAAUCUCUGGACACAUUGCACACAAAGACAUGACUUGACCCCCACCCUCACCCUAAAAUUCUGCUUACAUGGUCCUGAGACGGCUAAAAAAUGUGUGACUGUAAAUUCAGCCAUUAUAGUACUUAAUAGGAAGGUAAAUGAGUCAAAACUAUGUGGUCACUCGCUCUACAGGUAGUUUGUUCACCCAAGUUGUAAAUUCCUGAAUUCUUAGUAGUGAAAUUAGAUUUAUUUUUUAUCCUGUACUUAAUAGCAAAGGUGUUUGAAAGAAGUACUUAAUGAUAUUGUGUCUUAGAUAUGUGAAGCUAUGUGAGCCUUAAACUAUGCACAACUAUUGUAGGUCUAUUUAUAAGUGCAAUUUUACAUUCAAUUGUAUGUACCAAAUAGUGUGAGUAUCAAGCACCUUUAUUAUGGCCAGUAGUCGGUUUUAUUGGACUGGACAUUGAAACACAACAGACAAAGGACUGCUUUAGACUGACAACAGUGAAAUUGUUGUUGUCAACAACGUCGCCAACAUCAGUAUUUUUAGUGUCAAAAGUGGAUCAAAAUAGUCGUGCGAUGGUACUGGAUAAACGUAUCGAUAGCGUUCCGUCAGCUACUUCUCUGGUAUGCCCGGCUAAUACACAUGCCCGACUUGCACUAUAGCCUGCCACAAACGCCAGGUUUAAAUCCCAGGUAAUCUGUACACGCAUGUCAUUUUGUUGAACUAUAACUUUAUAGGGAAAAACGUAUUGCAAACAGAAUAACAAAAAGAAGUGGUUCUCCUCCCCCAUUUUGAACUUGUUGGUAAGAAGUCCCUGUGGGUUUUAAAUGAAUGCACCACAACGUAAUCCAGCACCACAAUACAUCCUGACCAUGUGUCUUAAGACAACAGUCGCUCACAACCAUAGUCACAUGAUAGCAUACUGUCAUCAGUCUAUAGCGGGCCUAACACUUAUAAGCUGUCAACGGGCUUCAAGGGGUAGUCACUUUUUCUUUGUCUAUGCAGCACAUUUCUUAAAAAUACAUUAUGCAUGUGUGUAUAUAGUAAUAGAGUAAUAGUAUUUAUGUUUGGUGCUGUUCCAUUGGAACUGUCCCAUAAAAGGGGUCAGUAUCUACUCAGUGGACAUUGGGUCAGUAUCUAUCCUCACUGGUAUUGAUAAGCAAAAGUCAAACUGAAAUAAGCUGAAACUUUAUUAUGUAGAAAACAAGUUGAUCUUAGACUAAAGAUAGUCUCCUCCAUCCUAUGUGAUUUUUAAAAUUGAAAGUCAUUGUUGGACUAAUCAAUGUACACCCCAAGGGGCAGGAUUGUGAGUCAAGGGGGCUUCACUAGUUUCUUUGUACAACAGCAGGCCUUGUCAACUCCAUUUACUUAUCUAACCUAUAAUGGAUUUUAUGUGAAAUAUCCACAAUCAACUAUGUUAUGUGGACUAUCUAAAGGUUACUUUCACUACUUAAGGGUUAACUGCCUGCCUCCUUUGGAUGUGCAUUGAUUGUUGCCUCUGGUCUCUACCAGGCACCAUAGGGUCGUAGAAAAGUAGUUAGAAUUUGCCAAAAUACAUCAAGAUACAUCAGAUGAGUUAACCGGCUAUACUCUGCUGGUAGGCUAACUCCUCAGGUGUAUUAUUCUGUCUAUUUGGUCAAUUUCAUCUACUUUUCCACCAGCCUAUGGAGUCUGGCAGUUCCCCAUGUAUGUGUAUGGUAGAACAUUGUAGAAAGGAUGAUGCCAGUCGGUGAUUUGGUAGUUUAUAGCCAUUCUGACAGUGUUCCUUAUUGUUCCUUGCCUCCAGUGAAGUCUCUUGCAUUCCAAAGUUUUUGCUGUUUUUGCGUGGUUCUGUGCUGCUGUUGGUAUUUUUGUAGCUGCUGUGCCUUUGUAUAUUAUAGGAUCCUAGUACAGUUAUUUAUGCAUCAUUGAAAGAUUGCCCAAAAAGCGGGUAUCUCACUGGGCUGCCCCUGUUGACAACUGUUUGCGAUAGACAUUUGGUAACGGUAGCAAACAGGCGCCUCAAAAUUAAUGUCCAUUUUUUUCCAAAUAAACCGCAAUUUGCAAAAUGUCACGAAUGGACACAAACUUGUCACCAACAAGCGUGAAGACAGCAAGUCUCUAGUUUUUAAUUCAGUGGCUACACUGCAAAAUAUCUUGUAGCUACGUAACUUGAGGUAGAAACUGAGGAUGUGACAUUCUGUUUGAGGCCAUUUUGUUUUCUAAGUAAAGGUCACAUAUUUUA